ACUAAGAACAGCUGCAGAACAAUGGCUGCCUUCCUUCAUCACUGCCCCUUCCUGAAGUCUGUCCCUAAGCCAGCUUUGAGGAGAACAGGGGCUGCCUUGCUGUCUCUGGCCGAUCGAUGCCCCAUCAUUGCUCGCCAGAUCAGUGUGAGUGGCCCAGCUUCUCUUGAGGCCAAGCUGAGCGUCUCACCCACCAAACUGAAGAGUCGCCAACUUCCCACAGUGGACCAGAGGAGGCAGUUUGCUCAAUCGGCUACUCAGGUGGCUGUGUCAGUAUCGAAGGGCUGCCCUUUUGUCUCCUCCCAGAUUGGGAUGGUCCGAGCCAGCCCUGAAGUACAGGAGGACGUCCAAGAAGGUUUGAUGACUUCUCUGUUAAAGGGUUUAAAGGAUUCUAUCCUCCCAACAUCAGCUCAAACCAACACUGUCACCCACCUCCUCAAGGACAACAUGGCUGGCCCCAGCUACGACUAUGACCGCUUCUUUAUUGAGAAGAUUGCUGACAAAAAGAAGGACCACACAUACAGGGUCUUCAAGACCGUGAAUAGGAGCGCUCAGGUCUUCCCUUUUGCUGAGGAUUACUCUGUUUCUGGACGGGAGGGCUCCCAGGUGUCCGUCUGGUGCAGCAACGACUAUCUGGGGAUGAGUCGGCAUCCGCGGGUCCUCAGUGCAAUCAGAGAUGCCCUGGACCAGCAUGGUGCAGGAGCAGGUGGGACCAGGAACAUCUCAGGCACCAGUAACUUCCAUGUGUCUCUGGAGAAAGAGCUGGCGGAGCUGCACCAGAAAGACGCAGCUCUGGUCUUCUCCUCCUGCUUUGUAGCAAAUGACUCCACCCUCUUCACGUUGGCUAAGAUGCUGCCAGGGUGCGAGAUCUACUCUGAUGCAGGGAACCAUGCAUCAAUGAUUCAGGGCAUCAGGAACAGUGGAGCCAAGCGCUUCAUCUUCCGCCACAAUGACAGCCGACACCUGGAGGAGCUGCUGCAACGCUCCGACCCCAAGACACCUAAAAUAGUGGCAUUUGAGACUGUGCACUCUAUGGAUGGUGCCAUAUGUCCUCUGGAAGAGCUGUGCGAUGUAGCUCACCGUUAUGGAGCUCUGACAUUUGUAGAUGAGGUUCAUGCUGUGGGCCUGUAUGGAGCCCAUGGAGCUGGAGUAGGAGAGAGGGACAGCGUUAUGCACAAGAUUGACGUUGUUUCUGGGACCUUAGGCAAAGCCUUUGGCUGUGUUGGAGGCUACAUUGCCAGCAGCACCGCCCUGGUGGACACAGUGCGCUCCUACGCAGCCGGCUUCAUCUUCACCACUGCCCUUCCCCCAAUGGUCCUCUCUGGAGCCCUGGAGUCUGUCCGGGUCCUGAAGAGCCCUGAGGGUCAGGCGCUCCGCAGAGCCCACCAGAGGAACGUCAAACACAUGAGGCAGCUGCUCAUGGACAAGGGCCUGCCUGUGGUCAACUGUCCCAGCCACAUCAUCCCCAUACGGGUGGGCAACGCUGAGCUGAACACCAAGGUGUGUGACAUCCUGCUGGAGAGACACAACAUCUACGUCCAGGCCAUCAACUACCCCACGGUGCCUCGUGGCGAGGAGCUGCUGCGUCUGGCUCCUUCUCCUCAUCACCACCCCGCCAUGAUGGAGUACUUCGUGGAUAAACUGGUGGAAGUGUGGCAGGAAGCAGGGCUCCUGUUGAACAGCCCGGCCACGGCUUCCUGCACCUUCUGUGACCGCCCGCUCCACUUUGACCUUAUGAGCGAGUGGGAGAAAUGCUACUUCGGUAACAUGGAACCACAGUACAUUACUGUUUCUGCUUAAUACCACAGUACAAAUAGCACCUUAACACAAAUUACACAUACAAUAUAUGUAUAAAUUGAAUGCUAUAUUCAACAUCCUUUUAAAUUAUAAAGUGUUAAAACAUUCUUUAAUGCCAGUGGUUUGAACUAAAUUCCAGUAUUUAUUUAGGUUUUCCUGUAUUUAUGCUUACUAAAUUGUGUUUGCUGUCAUGGAUAUGAUUAAAUAAAGUUGUGCUCCCUUAAUUUUAAAAGCACAAAACCUGCACAUUGGGCACUUUCUUAAAUCUCUUAUCUAGGUGUGAUGGUUUGAAUUAAACUAUGCUAUUUAAUUUCAUGUUGCGUGAGUUCCUACAUAUCAUAUAACCAUCGUGACCAUCAUGUCCACAAUAAUGCAAUUACUGAUGUUUCAGUCGUAAAAUGUGUGAACUACUAAAGUUAAUUGGUUUAUAAAACAAAACAUGAUAAAACUCAUAAAACAAUAAAUCUGUGGUGUUGAAAAUCUA